AUGAAAAGGUCACCGCCUGGCAGGAACAGAUCAUCUUCGUGGUCUGAUAUACAUAGCCAACAGAGAGGCACAGAAGAGAGCAACCAAGGGACGUCAAAUGCAACUGAAGAAGUACUCAGGCGUAGAGUACCUUCCCAAUCAGGAAAACGACGUAGAAGCGAAGAAGACAAUGGUGAGGAAAUGAAAAGGCUUAUAGAGAAGGUGACGAAAACCGCCUCUACGUUAAGAGAGCUCAUAAAGACUACUCCAAACACGCAGGGAGAUAUCAAGAAGGAGAUUAUGAGGCUGAACCAGAUAAUGGAGUCACUAAAUCUAAAGAUUGACCAAGAAAGUACCGAGAGAGACCGGAAGGCACCGAGAAAGGAAGCGAGCCCAAAAAGCACAACAAGCGUUGGGGUGCAAGUAAAUUUCGCGGAUGUAAAGGCGGAAAUGGAAGAAAGAGAGUCUAAAGAGAGCAAAGAAAUAAUAGACAUCUUAGAUAAGAUGCCAAAACUUUGA